AUGGAGAACAUUCAAGUAGUAGUUAGAAUUAGACCAUCAAAUAUUUUAGAGAAAGACAAUAAUGACCUUGAAAUUUGGUCUGUUUAGAAUUAAGACACAAUUACAAUUUCUAAUGAUAGAUUUAAUGAUUUAGUAAGAAUGCGUAAAUUUGUACCUGGAUAAAGAGUAGAAUUUACCUUCAGUAUAAAUAAUCAAUCGAAUAUUUAAUAGAUUAAUGUUUUGAUACUAAACACACCACGAAAUUUAUUUACUAAUAGUAGAUCUAAAGAAUUACAUUAUCAUCAUUAUAAGGUAUAAAUGGGACAGUAUUUAUGUAUGGUUAAACUGGAAGUGGUAAGACUUACACAAUGAUGGGAUAUGAUUAAGAAGAAGGAAUUUUAAAAUAAGCACUUAAAGAUCUUUUUGGAGAAAUUGAAAAAUAAUAAGACAAAUAAUUUUUUUUAAGAUGCAGUUAUGUUGAAAUAUAUACAGAUUAAGUUUAUGAUUUACUAUCUACUUAAGAGAGAUUGAGUGAAACAUUAUUAAUAAAUGAAGAUUUUAAUAGAGAAUUUGUUAUUAAAGGAGCAGUAGAAGAGAUAGUGACAACAAUAGAUGAAAUAAUGGAUAUCCUUUAAUUUGGAGAAAGUAAUAGACAUUAUGCAUCAACUGUUAUGAAUCAUUGUAGUAGUAGAUCUCAUACAAUAUUCAGAUUAUAUGUUAGAUGUGUUCCAAAUACAAUAGGACCAAAUUCAGUGAUAACUGAAUCAAUACUUAAUUUUGUAGAUUUGGCAGGUUCAGAAAAAAUUAAUAUACAUGAUUCUAUGCUUAAAAAAAGAGGAACUUCUGCAGGAGGGAGUGGUACACAAUAUAAAGAUAGAUAGAAUGAAUCAAAACAUAUCAAUAAAAGUUUAUUUUUUUUAACUUAAGUAAUAUCUUUAAGGGCUUAAGGAAGAAAGUAAUUAACUUUACAAUAUAUAGUGAUCAACAUAUACCAUAUAGAAAUUCACCUUUAACAAAGAUUUUAAGAUCAUCUUUAGGAGGUAAUUCUAGAACUGCCAUAAUAUUAUGUGUUAAUCCAUGUUAUAGUUAAUUUGAAUAAACAGUAUCUACUUUAAGGUUUGGAACAAAUGCUAAGAAAAUAGAAAAUAAUGUAUCUAAAAAUAUUGUUGGUUUUGAUAAUGAUGAAAGUUUAAAUAGGGUAAUAAAAGAUUAUGAGUUAAAAAUUGAGGAAUUGUAAAGAGCAAGAGUUGAUGAUAAGCAAUAAUAAGAAAUGAUGUAGAAAAUAAUUGAAAAACUAGAAGAACAAAGAAAAAUAUUUAAAACUCAAUUUACUACUUCUGAUCAUAUAUAAGCAAUGAUUAACAAAGAUAUACCAUAUUAAUGGAUUCAUUUACACUAUCAUGGUGUAGGAGUUUUAUGGGUUCCUGAAAAAGGAAGUAGGGACAUUGAAGUUAAAUAAGAUAUUAUUGAUUCAUUUGGAAUAAUUAAAAAAUAUUAAAAUUUAGAAGAAGAAUAUAUAAUUUUAAAAUCAGAAAAAUAAACAAUUGAAUCUUAAUUGAAUGAAAUUAAAUAGAAAUAAUAAGAAGUUGUUAUUUAAACUAAAAAGAGAUAUGCAAAUUAAAAAGCUAAAACUAGAAAAUAUAAAUAAUUAAGUAAAGAUCUAUAAGAUGAAAGAAAUAAACUAUAAAAAAUUGCAUUAUGUUAUCAUAAUAUGAUAGAUGUAGAUGAAAUGAUGUUAUUAAACAAUGAAACAUUAGAUUAAAUGUUAGAAAAUAUUUAAAUUAUGAUGCAAAACAUAUAUAAAAUUAAAUUAAGAAAAGAAAUCAAACUUAAAGAAAAUGUAGAUAUCUUAAAAUUAAAAUCAUCAAGACCUAUUAAAUAUCCUAAAUAUUUAUUUGACACAUCAGCUAUUAAUGUUUAAUUCUGGGAUGUAAAUGAAAAUAAGAAAAUUGAAGAGACUAAUAAAAGUGAAAUAGAAUCCUUCCAAAGUUAUUUUUAAUCUCAAUUAAAUUAAAGUAGUCCAACAUAUAUUGAUAUGCAAAGUAGCAUAUAAUAAUUUAAGGAACCCUUUAAACAUAUAUGUUCUCAUGAAAAAAAUGGACCAAAUAAAUCUGGUAAAGAGAAUUAUGAACCUUCAUUCAAAAAGAAUUUAAGUAUGGAAAUAGCUGAUGAAUUAAAUUUCCGUAGUUAUUUUAGAUGA